AUGUCGACCCUUGCGGACGAGCUCCUUCAGGACUUCGAGGACUCGGGGUCCGAACAGGGCGACGAGCAGAACGACAUUGGCCUUGAAGGGGAUUCCACGCAUGCCCAGACAAACGGCGACAGCAAGCAUGAUGACGAUGAUGAUGAGAUGGUUUUAGACGGCGAUGAGGAGCCGCCCGAGGAGGACGAAGAGAUGGGAGGAUUGAGUGGUGUUGCGAUCGACCCUAUGGAUGACGAGGACGAAGCCAAAGCCAAGGUUGAGAAGAUGCAACUGGGCAGUGUUAAGGAUAUCCGGAGAGUCACCACAGUUAUGGACCGGCUGGAACCUCUACUAAAGGACAUCGCUCAUUACCAGUCACAACCAUUCAAUGCCUCGACCAUUAAUAUUGGAAAUAUCGAGGAUAAUCCCGAGUACAAGAUCCUGACAGCGUCGAAUACGCUUUCAACCCAACUCGAUGGCGAAAUCAUGAAGGUCCACAAGUUCAUUCGCGACCACUAUUCCGCACGCUUUCCCGAGCUCGAGACCCUGAUCCAAAACCCUAUCGAGUACGCAAAGGUCGUUGCCAUUCUGGGCAAUGGACCCAUGGAUGCUGGCAAUAUCCGAGCCCUUCAAGACAGUUCGGAUAAUGUGAUAGGACAGUCACUCAAGACAGUACUUGAGAAAGCCUCACUAAUGACUGUAACCCUGGAAGCCACAAGGUCACAAGGUCAGCCCAUCAGUCCUGAAGAGCUGGAUCGUGUCGUCAAGGCUUGUCAAAUGAUAGUGUCUAUGGACAAGGCCAAGAAGACGCUCACGGAAUAUGUGCAGUCUCGAAUGAACGUUUUUGCCCCUAACCUCACAGCCAUCAUUGGAUCUCUCACAGCAGCCCAGCUCAUCAACACGGCUGGCGGCCUUACGACUUUGUCGAGAACGCCAUCCUGCAACUUGGCGGCGUGGGGAAGUAAAAAGCAGGCUAAUGCAGCUUUUGCAACAAACGUGCAGAACAGGCAGCAAGGCUACUUGUAUCAUUCACCGAUUAUCCGUGGUAUUCCCAACGAUCUGAAAAAGAAGGCCAUGAAGGCCGUCGCAGCUAAAGUGGUAUUGGCCGCCCGCGCAGACACUGGUCAUACAUAUCCUGAUGGUGCCUACGGUGAAGAACUGCGAGGUCAAUGCCUAGAACGGCUUGACAAGAUGACGGCCCCUCCGCCCAACAAAGGCCAGCGAGCUCUGCCGGCGCCGGACGACAAACCAUCACGGAAGCGCGGAGGUAGGCUGGCCCGUAAUGCCAAGGCAGCAGUUGCUAUGACGGAGUUGAGGAAGGCCCAGAACCGCAUGGUCUUCGGCAAGGAGGAGAAGGAGACAGACUACGGUGUGGGUGAUGGUACAGUAGGCAUGGGCAUGAUCGGCCAGGCUCAAGAAGGCCGCAUUCGUGCCACUCAGAUUGACAACAAGACCCGCGCAAAACUGAGCCAAAAGAAUAAGGGUUGGGGCGCAAUCGAUCCAAUUGGUGGUUCAGCUUCAUCACUGCGAACUGCUCCGCAGUCCAACAUAGACCUUCGGGGAAGAGGGAUCCGGACCUCUGGCGUGGGCACGACUAUCGGAGGAGGCGCUGCAGGCACUGCAUCUUCACUGGCCUUUACCCCUGUUCAGGGCAUAGAGCUAGUUGACCCCAAAGUUCAAGCUGAGCUCAAGCGAAAGCGCGCAGCUGAAGACGAUCGGUACUUCAAGAGUGGCGCCUUCACCCAAGUUGGCGGCAGCAAUGGCCAACCUCCCAGCAAGAAAGUGGAUGUGGGGGCAGGCAAGAUGCUGCCUCCCCCUCUGCCUGGCAAGAGGUAA